AUGGCCUCCAACACGAUCGUCUCUGUCAUCGGCGACCACGGAUGGCACCUGGGGGAGCAGGCGGAGUGGUGCAAGCGAACCAACUUUGAGCUUGGGACACGCAUACCGAUGAUGAUUCACGCCCCGAACUAUCCGACCAGCCAUGGGAAAAGAACGGAGCACUUUGCCGAGGCGGUAGACUUGUACCGCACGCUCGCUGCUUUGGCAUUCCCCGCAUCUCCGCCGAUACAAGACAGCGUGAGCGGCACCGACCUUUCACCCAUCUUCGCCGACCCCACGAAUCCCUCGACUGCCGUUCGGGCUUACACCUUCUCCCAGAUGUCGAGAUGCCCCGCCGAAGACACACUAGGACCAUUUUCGAGCUGCACUCAAACACCCCAGGCAGAAAUCACUUGGAUGGGCUACAGCGUGCGUUCAGAGCAGUACCGUUACACUCUGUGGCUGCCGUUUGACGGAGAUGAAAAUCUGGCCGCGUGGUCUGGCACCGAUGAACACGAGGAGCUGUACUCGUACGUCGACAGCAAGAUGGACGACUUCAACUCCUUUGAGAAGGUGAACGUGGCGUCCGACCCGAUGUAUACCGUGAAGAAGGCGGAGCUGCGCGCCGUUCUUACAGCGGCAUUCAACCCGCCCCCCCCUCCCGCCCAAACCUCGUCAAAGCCCGCCCUCAUCGGCGGCAUCGUCGGUGCGCUCUGCUUCCUCGCAGUGCUGGCGUGCUUCCUGGCCUGCCGCAAGCAUGGGCGACUCCGAUGGAAGAAGUGA